AUGGCGAUCAGCGCACCAUUCAGCAGUUUGACAGAUGAAAAUCAGAUCGCAACAGGGUCAGCCUCAGUUGUUUAUAGCAUCAAUGGCAUCGUUGCCCUUAAGUGCCCGAUUCGAUAUGCCAGCUCAAGCACCCAACAUGAAGAGAGACAAGUUGCUUUUUUACGACGUCAAAGCGAAAUAUCUGUCAACGCAUUGGAAAUCGAAAAGGGAAUCUUCACCGUCCUCGAGCAAGCACCACAUCCAAAUAUUGUUCGCUGCUUUUUGUUUGCCGACGAAGGAAUCUUUCUCGAACGUUUGGCCACCCCUUUGAAUGUCUACCUCGAGUCAGUAGAAAUAGUCCCGCAGCCCCUUAAGAUCCGCUGGCUGCUCGAGCUUACAAGUGCCGUUGCCUGGAUCGAGAAACUCGGUUUUAUCCAUGGAGAUUUACGCCCUGAGAACAUGUUGCUGACAGAGAACCAUCACCUGAAGCUGGUCGACUUUGACUGUGCAGUCACGCCUGGGGAGAACUUGCAGACCUUUAGCGAGCCUUACUGGCUCCACAAACCAGAUGGCAGCCUGGAUAGAGCCGGCCCCAAGAGCGAGCAGUUUGCUCUUGGUUCUUGCUUAUAUUUCAUUUUCCACGAAACAGAGCCCGUCAUCGAUAUCGUUGAUGGCCAGCUUGAUUUUCCCGGUCUUUCAUCGACACCCUUUGCGCCUCUCAUUCAAAAGUGCUGGGAUGGGGGCUUUCUUUCAGUUCGGAAACUGGCCUUAGCGGCCCUCUGGAACACGGCUAGAUCGGGGCACAUUCGCGUCCUUUUAAGCUUCCUGUAUUCAAGCUCAAUCGGCUUCCGGAAAUCAAGGACUUCAUGCGGAAAGAUCGGCCCCCUAAAGAAGCUUUGCCAGGAAUACUUGGAUGAACAGCGACGAGUUCACCUGCCUAGCCUUGCGGCUCCGCCUCAAGCUAUUGAUAUCCGGCGCAGCUGA